AUCGGCGUGUGUUUUGAUUGUUGACGCCGAAACGUAAACACACCUCAGCCGCCGAGGAGUUUGGAAGCAUUUUUUCUAAUAAUUUACUAAAUUUAGUGUAAAAGUUUGAUUAUUUAGAUCAAAAAUGGCUCUAGCAAUGCAGAAACGUAACAACGUGCGGCUGCCGCCGGAGGUUAAUCGUGUCCUGUACGUUCGUAAUUUGCCCUACAAAAUUACCUCCGACGAAAUGUACGAUAUCUUUGGCAAGUACGGAGCCAUUCGCCAGAUUCGAGUGGGGAACACGCCGGAAACGCGCGGAACGGCCUUCGUGGUUUACGAGGACAUAUUCGACGCCAAAAAUGCCUGCGACCAUCUGUCCGGAUUCAACGUGUGCAACCGGUAUCUGGUGGUGCUGUACUAUCAAUCGACGAAGGCGUUCAAGCGUCUGGAUGUGGACAAGAAGCAGGACGAACUGGACGCCAUGAAGGCCAAGUACAACAUCAACUCGGACGAUCUGCGGAAGUAGGGGGCGUGCAUUUUGCUGAUCAUUCUAAACUAGCGCGUAAGUUAGGUUAAUAACAACGGAUGUGUCGAGAA